AUGUCAUCAACAUUGGAUCAUUUGAAAAAGCAUACUAUUAUCGUAGCGGACACUGGAGAUUUUAAUUCUAUUAAAAAGUAUUUACCAAUUGAUUCAACAACAAAUCCAUCUCUAAUAUUAUCUGCAUGCAAAUUACCACAAUAUUCACACUUGUUAGAUUCUGCUAUUCAAUAUGCUAAGAAAGAAAAACAAACAUUAAAUGAACAAAUUGAAUUAGCAUUAGAAAGAAUAUUUGUAUUAUUCGGUUGUGAAAUAUUGAAAAUUGUACCAGGACGUGUAUCUACUGAAGUGGAUGCUCGUUAUUCAUUCAAUGUACAAAAACAAAUAGAAAUAGCAUGUCGUCUCAUUUCAAUGUAUGAAGAAUUAGGAUUUUCUAAAGAACGUAUACUUAUUAAAUUAAGUUCUACAUGGGAAGGUAUAAAAGCUGCAAAAAUAUUAGAAUCACAAUAUGGUAUUCAUUGUAAUUUAACAUUAAUGUUUUCAUUUUAUCAGGCUAUAGCUUGUGCUCAAGCUAAUGUUACAUUAAUUUCACCAUUUGUUGGACGUGUACUAGAUUGGUAUAUAACUAAAUAUGGUAAAAAAGAAUAUACUAGACAUAAUGAUCCUGGUGUUAAUUUGGUUACUCGUAUUUAUAAUUACUAUAAAUUUCAUGGUUAUAAAACACAGAUAAUGGGUGCUUCAUUUAGAAAUGUUGAACAAAUCCUUGGUUUAGUUGGAUGUGAUUUGUUAACAAUAUCACCUAGUCUUUUAGAAGAAUUAAGUAAAAUGUCAGAAGUGCCCAGUUUAUGCUUGACUGUAGAAAAAGCUCAAACAUCUUAUGAUCAUUCUUAUCAAUCAGAUGAAUUAUUAACAGAAGAAGAAUUUCGUUGGCAAAUGAAUGAAGAUGAAAUGGCUAAUGAUAAAUUAACUGAUGGUAUAAGACGUUUUACUAAUGAUGCAUUAAUAUUAAAAGAUUUAAUUAAAACACGUAUAGAACAACAAUAA